CACAACGACCUCCCCUGGCAGCUCCUGGAGAAAUUCAACAACCAGCUGAGUAAAGUCAACCUGAACACCCUGAACAGCACCCACACCAACAUCCCCAAACUGCGAGAGGGGCGGGUGGGCGGACAGUUUUGGGCGGCGUUUGUCCCCUGUGACACGCAGGGCAAGGACGCCGUGAGAAGGACGUUGGAGCAGAUUGACGUCAUCCAUGGCAUGUGUCUGAAAUAUCCGGAGGAUUUCAUGUGUGUCGGCAGCGCGGCAGGGAUCCUUGAGGCCUUCCAAGCUAAGAAGGUGGCCAGUCUGAUUGGUGUGGAAGGAGGACAUUCAAUUGACAGCAGCUUGGGGGUUCUACGGACCUUUUACAACCUGGGGGUGCGUUAUAUGACCCUAACACACAGCUGUAACGCACCGUGGGUGGAUAACUGGCUUGUGGAUGAUGACAAAGAUCCAGCAAAAAGUAACGGACUCUCUGACUUUGGAAAGAGUGUAGUACUGGAGAUGAACCGCCUGGGAAUGAUCAUAGACUUGGCCCACGUCUCGGUGAAGACUAUGAAAGAUGCUCUGGAGGUCUCAAAGGCUCCUUUGAUAUUCAGCCACUCGUCCGCCUAUGAGGUGUGCAAACACAGAAGGAACGUGCCGGACGAUGUGCUCAGGAUUGUGAAACAGAAAAGGGGUUUGGUGAUGGUGAAUUUCUACAAUAACUACGUCACAUGUAGCCAGAAGGCCAAUAUAUCAAAUGUUGCUGAUCAUUUUGAUCACAUUAAGAACAUUGCUGGUUACGAGUCGGUUGGAUUUGGAGGAGAUUACGACGGUGUGCCCAGAGUGCCUGAUGGCCUGGAAGACGUAUCCAAAUACCCGGAUCUUGUAGCUGAAACCACGAAACGAGGAUGGACUGAGGAGGAAAUGAAGGCCACUCUGGCCAACAACUUUCUAAGAGUAUUCCAAGAGGUGGAACAGGUCAGUGUCUAA